AGCCGAUGGAAGAAGACGCGACCGAGCUUGACCCGGUGCUCGACAUGCUCGACAUAUCGGGCUUCGCCUACAGCGCCAACGAGCGCAUGAAGUACGUGGACCCGCUCUUCCGCGUCGAUGGCAUGGACGAGCAGCUCGCAUGGCCCGUGCUCGAGUCCCAGCGGACGGGCCUGGAAGCGCUCCUCGCAGUCCCCGACGGCCGCGCGAUCUUCGUCCCCGGCGAGCGCAUCACAUGCAACAGCAUGGACUGGACGACAACGACGACGAACGCGAUCCUCGCCAGCGUCAACGGCGUCCUCGGGGUCCGCGGGCCCGUCGCGCUGCGCUUGAAGCACAUGGCGAUCGACGUCCACGGCGACGCAGCGAGCGCCGCGUCGGACAGUACAGAUGCAAUUGGACGCGUGCUCGUGCUGCUGCCGUCCGUGUACAGCGGCGGUGCUUUGACGUUCAAGACCAAGAACGCCGGGACCCACUGGGCGUUCAACGAUUUGACCCACGUCGCAACGCCAGGCUACCUCGCACUCUUCACGUCGGCCGAGAUCCUCGUUGCGCCGAUCGUCGCAGGCGCCCGGUCCAUGCUCGUCUACGACCUCGUUCCCGUCGACGAAGAGGCGAACGUUGCACUUGCCCCGGCCGUGCUCGACCUCGCCGCGUCCUUUCUCCAAGAGCUUGCACUGCUGCCACCAACGUCGACGAUCCUCGGGUACGCGCUCGACCAUCCGCACACGCCAUGGAGCGCCGACGCUCUCUCGUACGCCGAGCGCCGCCUCGUUCAUGCUCUUAUCACGGCAGGCAGCUACGACGUCGUGCUCGUCCAGUGCAGCGCCACACCCCACGCGACGACGCUCAUUGUGGACUCUCUCUCGAUUCCUUUCGCCAACGUGCCAUCGACGGUGCAGCGCAACCUCGUCGGCAAGCGCAUUGGCACGAUCGUAAACACACGGGCGAUCCUUUUUGAGCCGACCAAGUUUCUCGCGUUCUGGCCCAAGCGCACGCGACCUGCCGUCGUCGGCCUCCCCACGGCCCUCGCGUCGCUGCGCCUCGUUGUCGAGUCGCCCGUGGUCGAUAGCGCGGACGACCGCCUCUUCGGCACCUUUAGCCCCAGUGAGCUUGCCUUGGCGGUCGUGCCUUUUUUUGGCGACGACCAAUCCCACGAGGCGGACAAGGCGCCGCGUCCCCCGCUGCCGGAGGACAAGAGCCACUUUGAGAUCCUCUGCGAUGCAUUGGCGGCGCUCGGCGACGUGGCAGUGACGUCGCACUUUAUCGCAGAGCACCUCACGUUGACAGACACGAUGACGAUCGAGCGCGUGGCCACGUGGCUUCAUGCGACGCUGACGACCGUCGGCUGGGGACCUUUGGUGACCGCGCUGGUGACCAUGCUGGCGCGGUGGUGCACUCAUCAUGCCAUGUCAUUCGGUCCUGUCUUUCAGCUCGUCGCAAGCUUGGCCGGCGUCGUGGACGACCCCGUGUGCCCUCCACUGGACGUUGCAUUUGCCGCAGAGCUCAUCAAACCCUGCUGGUCGGCCAUCAUGGCAGUCUUCAAUGCUCCGUCGGACGAAUUUUAUGACUACGACGACAUGAGCUCGAUCCUCACGCCGGCAAUGCUCCUCGAAGCGUACAUUACGUCGGGCGACGGCGACGGUUGGUUCACGAGCAAGCUGCCCGCGACCUUGUGUGCCGAAAUUGACGCGUACCGCUUCCCGACCCACUCGAUCCAGCGCUGCGUCGAGUAUUGGAUGACGCUCGAGCCCAUCGACACGGUUGCCCCAUCUUUGGCCGCCGUCGUCAAGCGCAACCCGCAGCUUUGCAUCAACAAGUACCGCGCAGCGCUGACAAAUGUGCUUGCUACGAUGUCGGACGCCUGGAGCUUCAACAGCGUACGCGGCCUCUCUCUGGCGCUUACUCUGGCGACGCCGUCCGAGACCGUGCUCGAUCGGCUCUGGCAUACGAUUGGCCUACCGUUGCUCCCGGCGCUUUUCUCUGCUUUAGUCACGGGCGGCAUUGCGAAAAUGCCAGGUCUCUCGACCUUAUUUAUGCACGCAGCCAACGCCUUUGAACCACGCACGCCCAACGCGAUCCAUCAGUUGCGCGUAUUUUACGAAGAGCACCCUCCGCUGCAGGGCGUGUCCCCCGCUUGUAGCUCGACCUACCUCGUUCUCGAUGCCCUCGCGUACUUUCGCGCGUUUGAUGCUGCAAAGCGGUCAACGUUUGCCGAGGCUUUCAUUGCGGCAACGACGACGACGCCCGAAGCCACCGCUGUCUUCCGCAACCUCGACCUCCAAGGUGGUGCGUCCGACAUUCUCCUUGCGAAGGCGGGCCUCGAGCGCAUCCCGAUCGUCCAGCCGCGUGACGCCAACGAUCUCUCGAUCGUGGAUGUGCUGCACGACUGCGCAUGCGAGAUGGCCGACACGAUCCACGCCUUUUUGGUGUCGCCGACCAGCAAAAAAUUGGCUAUUGACAAGGCCAGCCUUUGCGAAGCGCUCCGAUCGGCCAUUGCAAACCACAAGCACGUUCUUGGGCUCAGAUUUGUCUGCCAGGGCGACAAAUCAUGGUCGUACAUGCUUCAAAAGAAUGUGGCAGGCGUCGCAGCGCUCCGUGCGUCCGAGAUCCACGACGUCGAGAUGCGCGCGCGGCUCGAGGCGUUUGCAGUGGGACCCGAUCGCCCACUCAAACGGCGUAGCCCAUCGUCUCCGUGAAAUAGCGUCUCCAUCCACGUUUGGAACCAAGCAUUAUCUAUCAAGUAUAUUAGUUUUGACUUUGUA